AGAUCGGCGAUUGUGGUGCUGUACUCGGUUCCUGUACAUCCACCACGAUUGGUUCAUCAGACACCGUCCAGACGAUGCCAACGGAGUUCUCACUCUCUGACUGGAAGGCUGAAUUGCUAGUGGCACCGCAUACCUCAGAUAACACAAUGGACGUUCACCGAAUCAAAUCUAGUCACCCUACUCACGAGGCGGACUUCAUCAUUCGUGAUGACCGAUUGCUAGGUGAAUUGAUGCCACUUCGCGCGUUUGGUGAUAUCCGCUUCAAGUGGUCUUUAGAUGAUCUCAAACGGGUGGCUCGUAUGCUCGAUCUUCCCCCCAGUUAUUCCAUCAUGCCCAGCUUCUACACCACUCCCCCAUAUCUAGACUCCACUCCACAAGUGGUCUGGCGUCCCUUGUUUCCGCAACGUGAACACUUUCUCAUCCUGGCCACUGAUGGCUUAUGGGAUAUGAUCUCUCCGGAUGAGGCAGUUCACGUGGUCGCCAAGCAUUGGUUCGACUACAACUGUGAUCCGUCCCACUGCGGCCCCGGCGAUACCGCGGCGACUCGCCUCAUCCGUACCGCAUUGGGCGGUGGCAGUAUGGACCCACAGCGCAUCUCCGCCCACUUCUCCUUGCCGGCCACAAUUGCCCGGUACUACCGCGAUGACAUUACCGUUAUCGUCGUUUAUCUUCCCACCGCGUUCCCCAAACCAGCAUGAUCACUUUAUUGAUCCUUUUACAGCAGUAUUAAUAUCACUUCUUUUGUCGUGGUCUAACGUUCCUUAAUCCAUUACAUCUGCAGACGCUACAUCGAGUCG